AUGAUGAUGAUUGUGCUGAGAAUAAUGGGGAUGAUGAUGGUGAUGAAGAUUUCAUUCCUCCAGAUGACAAGGGCUGUUCAUCUUCUGAUGAAGAAACAACUUUAAAAUCAAAAGAGCAGCUGAUGGUCAAAAGCUUUUCGUGUGUCACCUGUGGAAAAACACUGAGUUCAGAGGGUAAUUUAGCAAGACACGAGAGAAAACACACAGAACAGAAAGACUUCAGCUGUAGGAGAUGCAAAAUCAGCUUUGCUACCACAGAAGAGAGGAGAAUUCAUUCAAAAGAGCACAGCGGGAAGAAGGAGUACAACUGUGAAGUGUGUGGGGAGAUUUUUUUCAUUCGUUCUAGUCUAAAACUUCACUUAAAGACUCACGGUGAAAAGUCUUUACAAUGCAAUGAAUGUGACAAGUAUUUCAGCACCAAAGGAAGUCUUGUUGUUCAUAAGCGAAUCCACACGGGAGAAAGACCAUACAAGUGUCCGCACUGUGAGAAGAGCUUCAUAAAUGGAUCUCAAGUGAAGAGACAUGUGCGUGUUCACACUAAUGAGAGACCGUAUCAGUGCAGUGAAUGUGGGAAAACCUUCAGAACCUCAGACUGUCUAAAGUCACACCAAAAUAUACACUCUGAUGAGAAACCAGGUGAGAAACCGUUUCAGUGCAAACACUGCGACAAACGAUUCCGUAAACGAUGUUAUCUGAACUAUCAUGAUAGGAUUCACACUGGAGAGAAACCGUAUCUGUGCUCCCACUGCGGGAAAGCUUUUGCUAAUCCGGAAUGUUUUUUAUCUCAUAAGAGAAUCCACACCGGAGAAAAACCAUAUCACUGCAGCAUUUGUGGAAAGAGUUUCAGUAGAGUUAGUACUUUAAAAAACCACAAGAGGACUCAUACUGGAGAAAGACCGUUCAAAUGCUCACAGUGUGAAAAGACGUUUGCUCGAUCAGACAUCCUUAAGGUCCAUCAGCGAGUUCAUACAGGAGAUAAACCUUACUCCUGCUCCAUCUGCGGCGAGAGAUUCGCUUAUUUAGGUAGUUUUCAGACCCACCAGAACAAACACGCUAAAGAACAAACUGCUCCAGAAUCAUCAGAGUGACUUUCAUCAGUCAGCUUAUAAAGUGCUGUGAAAGAGUUUUUACCCCCUGUCCUAACCUACCUUCCCAUAUGCGAAAAAUGAAUUGCCCAGCCCUGUUAAAUCAUGAAAGGAAUGUGAUUAAUCACAUUAUUUUAGAAAGCUGAGUUAAUUUCAAUAGCCACACCCUGAUUACUGCCAGACCUGUUGAACCAAAGAAACCACUUAAAUAGACCGUCUGAUGAAGUGAAGGGUGCUUAAAGAACAACACAUCAUGUCACCAUAUAAAGAAAUUCAAGAACAGAUAAGAAAUAAAAAAGUUAAGUUUUUGGAACUUUUUAGUAGGUGAGUGCCACUUUAGAUCUGGCGUAAAACCAACACAGUAUUUCAUAAAAAGAACAGCGUAGCAACAGUCAAACAUGGAGGUGGUAGUGUGAUGGUCUGGGGCUGCUUUGCAGCUUCAGGACCUGGAUGACUUGGCAUUUUUUGAUGGAAGCAUUAAUUCUGCGCUCUAUCAGAAAAUCAGUUUGUGACCUCAAGCGCACUUGGGUUAUGCAGCAAGACAAUGAUCCCAAACACACCCGCAGGUCCACUUCUGAAUGGCUCAAGGAAAACAAAAAAAAGUUUUGAAGUGGCCAAGACAAAGUCUGGACUUAAAUCUGAUUGGGAUGCAGUGGCUUGACCUUAAAAACAUUACAUUCAUGCUCAAAAACCCUCCAAUGUGGCUGAAUUACAAUAAUCCUGCAAAGAAGAGUGGUAUGAAAUUCCUCCACAGCGAUGUUUAAGACUCAUUGCCAGCUAUCACAAACUCUUGAAUGCAGUUGCUGCAAAGGGUGGCACCGCCAGUUAUUAGCUUUUAGGGGGCAAUUACUUUUUCACAUAGGGCUAGGCUGAUUUGGACAGCUUUUUCCCUUAAUGAAAGCAUUAUGUGUUUACUUGGGCUACCUUUGUGUGAUAUUAAAAUUAGUUUGAUGAUCUGAAUCAUUCAAGUGUGAAAAAUAUGAAGAAAAAAAACAGAAAGAGGUCAAAAACUUUUUAUGCUGCCAUGUAAUGUAAGAUAUUUACUGGAUAGAAAUGAAAAAAACAUUGUGUGGCAAGUACUUUAACUUCACUGUAAUGUCAAAUAAAAUUAAAGUGUAUGUGUAUUUUGGGUAUUAACCUUGUGAAAAAAUGAUUUUAUGUUCCUGAACGAAUCAUCCUUUUUGAGCAAAUCAAAAAGCUCAAGGUUUAGUCAUUUUUUGAAAGGAUGAAGAAGUCCACAGUUACCGGUUCACUGAUCUGAGCAUGCACUGCUAAUAGCAUCAUGCUGAGGUGAAUUAUGAGUCAAUGAUGGAAUAAUAAUGGAUUACAUCAGUGGUUCCCAAUCAUGGUCCUGGAGAACUCCCAACACUGCACAUUUUUGGUGUCUCUCUUAUCUCACACACAUUUGAGGUCUUGGAGUCUUCGCUGAUGAGUUGAAUCAGGUGUGUUUGAAUAGGGAGACAUGUAACUUUGUAACUGUGGACUUUUUUAUGCUGUCAAAGAAUGACUAAGCCUUGAGCCAAUAGUCUUUGAGUCUGAAAUGUGAUGGAGAAUGUGAUUUGUUGAAUGUAUAGAACAAAAAUAUGCCCGACUGCUGGACACAAACAAAACCAAAACACAAAAUAAAAACCCAGGCCUGGUCCUGUCUCGUCCUUCACUGUCGUCGCUCCUCCCUUCAUCCUUCUGGAGCUCCUCUGUGGGACUCUAGACCAGUGAGUGGCGCAGGUGUCACUCAUUUCCAAUUACUCCACCAUGCCUUGAUCCUUUCCCUCGGCUCUCGGCCCCACCCCACUUUCACAUACCCCCAUCGCCCCUCACAGGCCGGGGGGUACUCCUGAGACUUGGGGUAAGUGAUUAAUGACUAUCUUUUAAAUUUGGGGUGGAGUAUCCCUUUAAGACAUAACACAGAAGACAUUCUUUUGCCACCGUCUGGUGUAUUUAUGUAAUAUGCAGAAAUGGUCACUGAACCAAUCAGAACGAAUAAUUUUGGUGAACAAACUAAAAGUGAACAAAUCCCUUGAAUGAAUAAAGAUUUCCACCACUAAUGUGAACACAAAAACGUUCACCACUU